GCAAUUUAAACGUGGUUUUUGUAUUCAUUAUUCUCCCCUUCAUAUAAAUACCCCUUGCUGUAUCCAUCAUGAUAAUAUUCCCAAGAGUAUCCAGGACAAGAAUUCCUAGAACAAUGUCUUUAUCUACAACUGCACCAAUAGAGACCUAUAUGUCCAGAUCAUGGCUACGGCAGCACUUGUAUUAUUUGGGAUACGAUAUAAUAAGAUUACAGUCAUACCAGAAGUUAAGCAGACAUAUCGGUACUACCACUGGAGGCUUCAUAAAGUCGCUUGUCUCCGAUAUUUCUACCUUCAUCAACACGGAGUUGAAUGAAUCGAGUGCUGGGACCGAGGCCGCAAGCAAAUUAAAGGAGUUGAUGUAUUUACACAACUGCGACCAUGCCAUAAAAGGAGAGAUUAAUGCCAAUAUUUCCGAGUGUCGCUUGUUCUUCAUGCUGGCAGGCUACAUCCUCUUGAACCAGACGAGCGAGAAGGUUGACGAGUUCACCGAUCGAUUGAUUUCCAUCUACAUGGAAUCAAAGGAAUCUGUGUUGACCAGACGUGUAACCCAGAACGACCUGUUGACUACCCGAGUGGUGGAGUUGGCAAAUGCUUACUAUGAAGACUGUGAUGUCAAUUACGAUUUGUUGUACAACAACAAGCCCCGGUCUUUGAACUUGUUUGUCACCAAGCACAUAAGCAUUGAAUUACCACCUUUGCCAAAACUCCAUAACCGGAAGCUUUUGGUGAAAUCUUUGGUCCACAAAGAACUUUAUCGUGGUUUUGUGGAUGAGUCACACCGCUUCUACCGAAUUUUAAUGGAAAACGGAAUUGAGCCUCGUGAGGCCACUCAAAUCAUAAGAAACGACUUGUCCUUCUUUGAUGGCUUGGGAGACUUUUAUUUAUCACAGGAGUCUUCCAAUCUAUUGUACCGGUUCAAACAUUCUGCUCCAUACAAGAACGAAACAUUUUUUGGAAAAAAGUCUUAUACCUUGUUGAAGACGAUUCUUGUAACCAACACUUUAUUUUCAAGAUUGGCUUUAGCUUACAACUUACACGAGGGUUUAGAUGAUCCCAUUGUCAACGGGUUGUUUAGAGACACUUACGUGCCUUACUUGAAUGAUUGGAAGGAUGUGGACUUUGACACUUGCCAGGAAUUCAAGACUUAUAGGUACGAACAGGAGUUUAUAGCAGACUAUUUUGAACAGUACGUGGGUACCUUAUUCUUAGAACAGCCUAAAACUGCCCAGAUUUGGAUCAACCAGAUCUAUGAGAACAUAUUGUUCCUGAUAAGAGAAGAGCACAGGGUGCCCUCAAAGUUCCUUCACCAGUAUGAUUAUCACUCCUGGGCAGUAGAUGUUAUUGGCAGAAGAUUGAAAUGAUUACAAUGAUUAAAUGUUUGAUGCUUAGUAGAACAAUAGUGCCGUAUAUAUUUAUUACAUACUUAGGCCGAGUCAUCUCUUCUGUUUCAACAAUGCUGCAAGACCUCUUCUCUUGGGUUUCCGUUUCUUGGAAAUGAACUUUUCGUUUUCACUAUCAUCACUUUGACUAUCGCUUUCACUGUUGCUGUCGGAAUCGGAAUCGCUGUCACUCUGGGAAUCUUCGUUGUUAGCGGCGGUUUUUGAUUGUAAAAGUGAGGAUGGCCUGGCUGGAAUGGAAGAGUUUUUGUCUCUUACAUCCGGAAUACCCAUUUUAGCCAAAUCUGUUAAUGAACUUAAGAUUGGCUUUUUCAAAACAUCCAUGAAAGACUUUUUUCUUUCAGGGAUACCAGUAAGAGCCUCUACAGAGUUCCGUUUCUUGGUUUCCGAGGCUAUGACAGGCUCUGGCAUCGUCUGGAUGCUAGUUGAAAUCAGUUUCUUUUGUAUAAUUUUAGCCGUAUUAGGCUUAGUCGCAAGUUUAGCAGCCUUCGCUAUUGCAACUGAAGAACUUGAACCAGAACCGGAGCUCGAAGAUGAGUCUGAAUCUGAGCCUGAAUCUGAGUCCGAGUUAGAGGAAGCGCUGGAACUUGAAGCUGAUGAGUCAGAAUUAGAGUUCGAGCUUGAAUCCGAUGAAUCAGAAUCAGAGUUCGAGCUGGAACCCGAAUCCGAGUCAGAACUAGAGCCCGAACUGGAACCGGUAUCCGAGUCCGAGUCAGAACUGGAGUGUUCCAACUUUGCAAGUCCCUUAGCUAAUGCGGUUUUUUUUACCAAUGCAGGGGCUUCUAUACUGGCCUUUGCAAGCUGGAUGAUGGGUGGUUUCGUUGACGGUUCAGAAGAUGAAGGCCCCAGAAAAGUGGGUUGGAUUGCUUGACUUAACUCAGGUGAUUUGGGAGUAGAUUUUUUCUCAGAUGAAUUGGGAGUAGCUUGGUUCUCGGGUGAUUUGGGAGCAGCUUGUUUCUCAGGUAAUUCGGAUGCAGGGUGGAUGUGGGGCUCUUCGUUGAUUGCCAGAUUAGAUGUGCUAGGUGCCUGAGCAGAUGUUUCCGAAGAUGUUUUGGGGAUUGAUGUUACUUUUGGUGGCUUUACAGGGCCACUUUUGACCACUUUUGGUGGUCUUCCACGUCCACGUUUAGGGGGUGGCUGGAAUUCCUCUGCAGUAGCAGCAGGAUCUUCUGUAACCUUUGUAGUGGAUGUCUUUUCCUCGACAAUGCUAGACUUUUCUGUUUCUAUUUUGCUUUGUUUGUUACCAGUUACAGUAGCAGAGGCCGACUCACCAUUUGAAGGCUCAAUUACAGGGUUGUCUUGCGAAGUCGAGCUAGACUUUUGACUACCAGACGACCUGCGAGUCGCUUUUGUAGAGCUUGAUGUAGAUAAUCGGCGACUGGUCCUUGUGGAGCUUGAUGGAUAAAUAGCUGUAGCAGUCAUAUCAAUUCGUAAUUUGUUCAAUGUGUUGUGAAGCUUU